CUCUGCUUUGCUCGGCACCUCGACACUCUGGACCGCCGGCGACGCGGCAACGGAACGCUUGCCUGCAGUAGGCCGUCGAAUUCCAGUCUGUGCGGGUCAGUUCAUCAAUCCGCCCCCUCUCUUCACCACUCCACGUUUGACUGUCAACUGUUGACACUUCAAGGUUUAUCGCCUUGAGGGACCGGAGGAUUAUUAAACCUUAUUAAGGCCUUGAGAAAUCGGACUACAUUCUUGAUCAAUACAGCAGAUUCGAAAUUGAUGUGGAUUUGGAGUUUGCGGCAGAAUGCGUCUCGAUGCCAGUAUGGGGUAGCAGCAGCAGAAAUAGAGUAGAAGAUAUGAUGGGGCAGGGAGAAGAGUCUAGGUCAGGAUUUGGGGCAGCUAGCCGGGGUGGUUGGGGUGGGAGAGGGGUGGCUCUCGCCGACGGGUGGUAAUUUGGAAGGGGUGACUCGGGGGCAGCGGGGGGGCUGACGUAGUGUUCACACACGAGGAUAGUACCUAGUGACCGUUACAACGUUGUUCCUGCACCUUCUCACGGAUCGGAGCUGUGAGGCUGCCAACACCGCCAUGUCCUGGGAGUCCAUCGCCUCCAGAGAAUAUCUCGGGGGCGGGGUCUCACACCAGCUCUCAGCGACUGCCCUGCUCUCAUCGCCCGACGGCUCCCGACAUCCUCUUGACCUCUACGAGUUCACCGAGGAGGACUUCACUCCCAGGAGGGCAGGCCCCGGACUCUGGGAGUGCCUCGUCGGCUGCCGCCAGAAGAUGGAUCAACAGCUGGCCCGCAGAAGGGUUGAGCAAGGUGUGCGGCUGUAUAACCAACACAAGCAGCAAGCAGCUGUGACAAAAUGGAGAAGUGCUUUAAAAAGAAUUAAAAAAAGAAGUGAUAAAUUUAUACUAUUAGGUUAUUUAUAUCAAGCUUACAUGGAUUGGGCGAAGUACAGGGAAAGCAUGGAGUUUGCACACCGACAACUGAACCUGGCAGAGGAGGCGGACAGUCCGAACCUGCGAGCGGAGGCCUAUUUGAAUUUGGCGCGCACGCACGAGCGAAUGGGCGCACUGGAACGAGCACUGGCGUGCGCGCGUCACUCGCUCUACAACGAGUGCGACCAAUGUCGCACGGCGGGCCUCGUGCAGAUCACAGUCGGCACCAUCCAUCUCGAGCUGGCCACCUUCUGCAAGGCUCUGCAGGCCUUUCAACAAGCUCACUCAAUCGCUCAACGCAUUCAGGAUCCGGCGCUCGAAUUGCAGGUUUACGUUGGACUAUCGGAGUUGUUUUCACGGCUGCAAGAUGCGGACAAAAGCGCGCGCUACGCGUCGAAGGCGUACGACCUGUCGCGCAACCUGCAGCUGGGAGACCUCAACUCGCGUCACCACCGCGCCGCACUCCUGCAAAUGGCCUCUGCCCUCCGCAAGCAGGGCGAGCUCGGCGAUGCUCAUGACUACUGUAGUGAAGCCACACGUCUUGCCUUAGUAUCUGGUGAUCAACUAACAUAUGCCAAAAGUAUUAGAAUUAUGGGGGAUAUCUACAGGAAAAAAUCUGAAAUUAGUAACGCGUACCGGCAAUACGAGAGCGCCAUGUCAACAGCGUGUGCCAUGGGAGAUCGGCUGUGUCAGAUGGAAGCCAUGGAUGGAGCCGCACGAUGUCUCGAAGCACUCCGAUUACAGCAGAAGAUUUGCAACUGUCGUCCAUUAGAAUUCAAUAACCGCCUUCUAGAAGUCGCUAUGGCAAUUGGAGCUAAGUUACUGAUACGAACAGUGCGUGUGCGACUCUGCAGAAUCUACCAGAGUUUGGGCGACGAGGCCCAGCAAGAAGAGCACAGCAGAGCGGUGCAGUGCCUCGAGGAGGAGCUAGAGCUGCAGUGUGGUGCAUGCAACCUGCCUUUCGGCUUCGAAGCCGACAGCCUGGAAGCUCUGCCCUGUGCUCAUAUACUUCACGCUAGAUGUGCUCACGAAAUCGUAAGAAGGCGCGAUAAGAAGAAAAAGCGAGUCUGUCCGGACUGCGAAAGAUCAAUUAGCUCAAGAUUAUACCUGCACAGUGAAGACUCUCAUGCACAUCAUUCAACUUUCAGUCUAGCGAGCUUAUCCCUCCAUGCUUCAUCUACUGUAUAAGCAAUGAUGUUUCAUCAUCUUCAUCCGCGGUUGCGGAUGCCAAUGAUUGCUGAGAAUACUUCAACAUUCAACUGCCACACAUCGAUCUAAUCUAAAACUUUAAAAUGCGAUAUCAGUGAUAAAGUUUAAAUAUUAUUGAAUAAACAAUUAUUAAGAAAGCGAUAUUUUAAAGAAUAACGUAAUGCUGAUUGAUUUAAAAAGAGGUGAACGUGAUCUCAUAUCGAAUUAACUGGAUACCAUUUUAUUUCAGGAAGAAGAAACUGAAAAUUUUACAGAUACUUAGAUACCCUCAAUCAUAGAAUCAUAAAAUUUACAAUAAUAUUUGGAUUAUUCUCUUUAAAUUAAACCAGGAGAGUAUUCAGGAUGGCAAUUUUAUGUUGAUAUCAACUGAUGACCAUGUAGAUCAGUUAUACAUGAUAUAAGUUUAAAAUUAAUUAAGUUGCCAAUACUGCACUGGAAUUUGACAGAUUGCAUGAGCUUGAAAUCAAAUUAAUGAAUUUGAUAUUGCCUAAUCAAAGCGAAAUGUGGUUCUAGGAUAAUGGUAAAAGUUCAUUGUUAGAGAGGGAAAUAGAGUAGGCCUACUGGAAGUGCUUUGAUGUUGCAACUCACAAAUCAAUAGAAAUUCAAGUAAUGCGAUCUUUAAAGAAGAUCAAAGCCAUGCAAUAAUUUCAAAUACUUCAUAUUAAUUUGUGAAAAUGGCAAUUUAUGAAUUGCAGCAUUGUUGAGCUGUGCCAGGAAAUUGUUCAAUAUGAGGUAGGAAUAAUAUUUCCGUCAAAUGAUUUGUGAAUACAAAAUUGCA